AUGCCUCCAAAGUCAAAGUAUGUGAUAGUGCAGCUGGCUAGUGUUAUAUCCGGUUCAACACGUAUAUGGAUACGUGAGCGAGCAGCGGAUAAAUUCCGUGGAAUAUUUUAUGAUCCUGCAAUCGGACGCGAAGUACUGUUUGAAGAAAAACAGAAAGUGAAAGGAAAAACAACACUGCCAGAGUGUGUAAAGCGACGUUUUAAUCUGACAUGA